GGCUGGACACUGCUGCUCUGCUCUCCAGGACAGCCAUGUGCGUGGGGAAGUGCAGCCGGAUCGUGGGGCCCUGCCUGCUGGUGCUGGGCACGCUCUCGGCGGCAGCCAGCAUCCUCCUGCUGUUCCCCGGCGGAGCAUCCCGGUACCUGCGGGAGGGGCGCAUCGGCAGCCACGCCCGGGCCGUGCCGGGGCUCUGGGGCGGCAUCGCCGUGCUGCUGGCAGGGAUCCACGUCACGGCGCUGGGCUGGCAGCGCUGCGGCUGCUCCGCCCGCCACAGCGCGUUCCUCUCGGUGGUGCUGUCCAAGCUGGCGCUGCUGGGCGCUGCCGCCUGCUUCGUGCUCUGCGGCGUGGGGCUGACCAACGGGCCCCUGUGCCUCUACAACAGCCCCGGGCCCGGGCACCCGGCCCUCUGGGGCUACCCCUUCCUGGAUGCCACUGAGCAGGGGCCUGACGCCAGGGCUGAGAACUACCUGUACAACCGGAGAACCUGGAGCGUCUGCCUGGAGCCCGAGGGCAUCGUCACCUGGCACGUGGUCCUGUUCUCCCUCCUGCUGCUCAUCAGCGUGGCCGAGAUGGUGCUGGCCCUGCUGCAGAUCCUCAAUGGCUGCCUGGGCUGCCUCUGUGGCUUCUGUGACGGCAAGUAGGGCCCGUGGCAGUGCCAGGAGGAGGCGUCACCUUGGUGUCACCUCGGCUGUCACUUGGCUGCUGGCACAGGGGGCACAGCAGAGCUGUGACACCAGCCUGGUGCAAGAGCCCCGUGUGAGACUGAGAGAGCCCCCGUGGGGGAUGGACACCCAGGGGCUGAAGAGCCAAGGGCUCUCCUGUGCAGAUCCUCUGGCUGGGCCAGGUCCCUUCCCCUGGGGCUGGCGGCCGUUUGGGGUUGGGAACUGGCCCAGUAAGGGAUGGAGGUGAGGACCU